AUGCCGAAAAAGAACCAGCGCGUAUCCAUUGAUACCAGCAAGAUUAAAUUUGUUGAGAACUCCGAGUCGGAGGAUUUAGAAAUUGAAGAUGGAGAUGAAAGCGAUGUUGGAAAUGUUAGCUGCAGCGAUGAUAUCCUGAGUAGUGACGAGGGGCAUGAGGAACCCUCGCUGGGGGCAAUCGGCAAAAAAAAAAAGAAAAAAAAAAUAGCAACCCAGGGGGAGAAUGGCCAGGAGGACGAUGAGGAGGAGGAGGAGGAGGAGGACGGCGCGCAUGAUGGUGGUGACUAUGCCGACAGUGAUGAUGACGACCAGGACCAGCGCGAUCACCAGCGCGGUCACCAGCGAGAUGAUGAAUUCGUUCGAGUACCAUGGAAAAAGGAUAAACAGAAUUACUACCAAUACGAAAGCGAAGACUCAACCAGCGAUGAUGAUGAAGAAGGCAACAAGGAGAGAAUCAAAGAAGCCAUGUACCUCAGCAGAAAGGAAAAGGAAAACUUAAAAGAAGACGAUUUCGAUUUGUAUGACAUGUACGAGCAAGACAAGGAGGGCAAAUCGGGGAAAGGAGACAAAUCGGGAAAAGGGGGCAAAGAAUUGUACAACGUGCAUGAGAAGGAAAGCAUCAUUAAAAAGCUAAUCAGCGAUAUGAACGCGGACAUGAAGGAAAAAAAAAAACAAAUGGGUGAAGAAAAUGGUAGCAGAGAAAUUGACCAAGUUGAACAGAAGAAACGAGAUGAUGAAAUAGAAGAUAUCGUAAUGAGCGAACGAGAGGAAUACAAAAUAUUGUUAAAAGAACUCUCCCUGAAUAUCCAAAAGGUUUACAACGAAAUUAAGGAAAACAAACGGCUCUUCCAAUUUAAGGAAAUUAACGAACAGAAUGUUAGCCAAACAGAUAUCAAUAAGAGCACCCUUCUCUAUCUUAAGAAGAAAAACGAAACGAUGCUCACUUAUAUCAUAUACAUCACGUACUACGUCUUUCUUAAAAUUAUGAAUGCCUAUACGCACAACCACCCCGUUUUGGAUAAGCUAAUCUACAUGAACACUAUAAUUGCUAAGACGAAUGAGCUGGAUAAUAAAAUUAAGUUCAAGAUUCAGCAGCUGAAUAAGUCGUCCUCGGGUCGCCAGCUGGGCGAGUUGGACGCGUUGGGAAGCGAAGAGGCAAAAGCAACGAAGCGGGCCGGCCUCCGCAUCCCAGCGGGGGAAGAAGUGGAAGACGAUGAGGAGGUGGAAGAAGAUGAAGAGGUGGAAGAAGAUGAGGAGGUGGAAGACGAUGAGGAGGACGAAGACGAUGAGGAGGACGAAGACGAUGAGGAGGACGAAGACGAUGAGGAAGACGAAGACGAUGAGGAGGUGGAAGACGAGGAUGACGAAGUGGCGGACUCCGAAGUGACGAACUCCGAAGGGGAGGAACCCCAAGCGGGCAAGGGCAAAAGGUACAAAAUCAGCAAGAACCUGAUAACAGAGUACACGGAUAGCCACAUCCGGGAAAGGGAAAGGGAGGAAAAGAAAAAAAAGAGAAAAAAUGAAAAACGAGAGAAACACAUGGUAUCCACAAGACCAGAAAAAAUAGAAGAAGAAAAUUACUUUAAAAAAAUGGAAGAAAAAUUAAUGAACUUUGACGAAAAAAUAUUGAAAAAAAAAAUCAAAGCCUUGAGCAAAAAAAAAAACAAAAUGAGCAACUUGAAAAAUGUGGGAAUGACGUCAAAUGAUUUGCUAAAGUUUGUGGAGUUGCCAGAAAUGAAUGACGAAGCGGAUACGAAGAACAAUUUGGACGAAACAAAAUUUUUUAGAAGUAACAUUAACAAAAUGAGGCAGAUGAAACAGGUGAAGCAAAUGAAAGGAGCAAACAACGCCAAUGAUGACUUCGUUUCCUUUAAGAAGUUUGAAAAAAACACUAAAUGGAGCAACUCGCAUCAGAAGGAAGAGCUCGGCAAAUCCACUCAUUUUAUGAGCACUAAAAAUUUACAAAACGAAAUAGACGACGAAAAUAUCAAAAAUAUGUUAAGCUUGAAAAAGAAGAAAAAGGAAGAAAAAAAAUUCCUCAAGGAUCAGAAAAACAAAGAAAUAAGAAAAAAAUUAGUCGAUGAAGAAAACGAAAUUAACGAUAGAAGAAUGCCAAACAAAAAUAUUUUACAAAAUAGGGGCCUCGUAAGGAAGAGAAAAUCAACCGAUGGAAAUGCAAGGGUUCACAAUAAACAAAAGUAUAUCAAAAAAAUGAAAAUGUACAGUGGCCAGCACGCCAAAUUGAAGGUCCAUGAAAAUAACUAUUCAGGAGAAAAGAGAGGAAUAAAUCCCUACCUGAAGAAAUCCAUAGAUAUCAAAUGA